GUCAGCUUCUUGUCUAGAGUCACACAGCACAGCCUAGCAAGCCUCACGCUCCAACACGACACAAGACCGCCCCUGCCGGCGGGGCCCGAGCUCUGCCAGCUCGGAAGAGAUCGCAGCCCUAAACCCGAGAGGUUACAGCGAUUAGGGUGCCCUGCAGGGGGGAAGUGGGGGCCACGCCGAGUGAAACAGAACCCGGCCUGGUUCUUCCCCCUUGGAGCAGCGGCUCCCUGAGCUAGGUGUGGGGUCUCAGGGCCUGAAAGGCGCUGGUCCUGACUCAGCCCGCAGUGUCUCUUUGGGGGCCAGUCGGCGUCCCCGAGAGCGCGUGGGCCGGCUCCAGGCCCUCCCCGCUGAGCCCGGGAGGACGGAGACAAUCAGCCCGUUCUUUCGCAGAUGUGACAGGGAGAAAGCCAGGGCAUCUGAAGACAUCUGACCCCGAGCUCUCCGGAAUCCCAGAUGGAAUCUGCCUUGGAAUCCAGGGGGACCCUGGCUUCAGGAGGUCUCUGGGUCCCCCACCCCCGUGGCCCCAGCCAGGAUGGGACACUCAAGCGCCACCAGGGAUGGAUCUCUCGUGCCCAGCCCGCAACCCCACGGCACCCCCAAAGCCAGACCUCACCUUCCAGGCACCGCCCACUUCAGCCCCCAACGCCUGCGCUCUCAGGCAGGAACGCAGAGGGGCAGCUUUGGGGACUUGGAACUCUGCCCCCAUAGUCAAGAGCUUGGGACCUCAUUUUCUCCUCUGGAAAGCACAGGCCCUCUUCUCCCCUGGGCCUCAUCCCUGCAGGAUGCCAGCUCGCUCAGAUGGGGUGUGGAGGGGGCACCCCACCCCAUCCCACCUAGACUCGCAAUGAAGAGGGGCUCAUUGCGGCCGGACCCCUCCGUCUGCGCCCCUCUCCACUGCCUACGAGGUUCGGUGCCCCGAUAUCUGCAACUCGGAGACAGUCAGUUGGGAGCUCGGAUAGCAAGGCGUCACAGCAGUCUCAAGUUUACCCCACAAUUAAAAGAAGAAAUCGGUCUCCGUACCUCCGAAUUCCCAGGACCCCAGACAGACCUCCUCCCGGCCCGCCCUGGCCCCCUCUCCCGCCCUCUCCCCUCGCCUUCCUCUCCCAUCCCCCCCGGCCCCACCCAGGUGUCCCGGCCCCGCCCACGCCCUGGGAGGGGCCCAUAG